GUGACGCAAAAUUUUGCCGCGAAAGAGUCAGCGUGGAAUUCAUUGUCCACAGAAAGUCAUUGGAGUCAGUCAUUAAAAAGUGUUUUACGUUUAGAAUUAUUGGACUUUGAGCACCCAAACUUUAUUUUCAUCACUUUGUAGAUAUAAUCGGUGCAUUAUGUCUGGUUUCGACGACCCGGGAGUGUAUUACAGUGACAGCUUCGGCGGUGGAGAUGGACCCGGGGAUGAAGGUGGUGUGAAACGGAGCCAGAUCAAGAAACGAUUCCGUGAAUUUCUUCGGCAAUUCAGAGUUGGGACCGAUCGCACCGGUUUCACCUAUAAAUACAGGUAAGAUCGAGAUUGUAUAUAGUGCCACGAAGUCAUUGUCGAUGGCUACCGCCGGUUUGUGUGAUGACGAUGUUCCACCGAUGCCUAACGUUAGUUAGCCAGCUAGCUAACAGUUAGUUAGGUAGCCAGUUACUGUAACGUUAGCUAACUACCACUGAUCACCACAAUGGUUUUGAAGGAAUAAAGUUAGACUCUAUUCAAUGUCCUGUGAUUGAGUUUGUUUUUAGCUAUGUCCAAUCGUUUUGUUUGCCCUAUGAUUAAAUUCACAUUCUGUGUAAGAUAUCUAUAUAUCUUAUAUUGUUCAUGUUGGAUUGUUGACAUGUGUUCUGGUCUGUAGAGAUGACCUGAAGAGACACUACACCCUGGGGGAGUACUGGGUGGAGGUGGAGAUGGAGGACCUGGCCAGCUUUGACGAGGACCUGUCAGACUGCCUGUACAAGCUGCCCUCUGAGAACCUGCCUCUGGUGAGAGGCUUGAAUAGAAUAAUAAUAGACUAAUAAUUUGAGUUGUUUUAAUUGGCCCAAUUGCAGGCUGAAUAAUUCAUGGAUUAGAUGGGUUCCUAUAGUUUGCUGAUCGUAUCAUACUGAUCUACUAUUUUUCUAUUUGACAAAUAACUAUAUCUGAAAAGGAUCCUUUUAAACUGAGCCCUGACAUUAUGAUUGACAGCUGGAGGAGGCCGCUCAGGAGGUGGCUGACGAGGUGACCCGUCCCAGGCCCCUGGGAGAGGAGACAGUGCAGGAAAUCCAGGUCAUGCUGAAGAGUGACGCCCAUCCUGCCUCCAUCCGCAACCUCAAGGUAAGAGACCCUCUGAGGAUGCAAUGCUGGGCCUUUCACCUUUCAGUUGGCUCAUGUAGAGGGUGGCAUGAAAGAUGUCCCUCAAUUUCCCAGCCAUGUAACAUGCCAUGACUCUGAACACUCCAUCUCUUUCUCUCUGGUAGUCAGAGCAGGUGUCCAGGCUGGUGAAGGUCCCUGGGAUCGUCAUCUCUGCCACGGCCGUGAGGGCCAAGGCCACCAGGGUGUGUCUGCAGUGUCGUGGCUGUCGCUCUGUCAUCAGUAACAUCUCCCUGCCCCCAGGCCUGCAGGGCUACGCUCUUCCCCGAAAGUGCAACACGUGAGUGCGACCCUCUGAGUUGUUGAGUGUUUGUGUGCACACUCCAGUACAUGAAAAGUGUAUAAAGUCCUCGUGUGUGUGUGUGUAAAAUCAUCAGUGUGGUCCACUGUAGCUCAAUUGGUAGAGCAUGGCACUUGUAACGCCAGGGUAGUGGGUUCGAUCCCCGGGACCACCCAUAUGUAAAAAUGUAUGCACACAUGACUGUAAGUCGCUUUGGAUAAAAGCGUCUGCUAAAUGGCUUAUUAUUAUCUGCUUUAUCAUAGUGUGUGUGAUUCCAUUCUUAAACAUAUCUUCUCUGUCUCUCAGUGAGCAGGCUGGCAGGGUGAGGUGUCCUAUAGAUCCCUACUUCAUCAUUCCAGACCGUUGUGUCUGUGUGGACUUCCAGACCCUCCGUCUGCAGGAGGCUCCAGAUGCUGUGCCACACGGAGAGAUGCCCCGCCACCUGCAGCUCUACUGUGACAGGUAACACACACAGCAGCAUCUGUGUACCACAAUAUUCUCAAUUAAAAACAAUUAACACAUGCCCAAUAUACACACAGUGCAAAGUGAGACCGAAGAGUACAUACCACAUUACAGCUCGUGUUCUGCAUCCCCUCAGGUACCUGUGUGACCGUGUGGUCCCUGGGAACAGAGUGACCAUCAUGGGGAUCUACUCCAUCAAGAAGGUGGCCCAUGCUAAGGGCAAGGGCAGAGAUAAAAGUGCAGGCGUGGGCAUCCGCUCCUCCUACCUCCGUGUGGUGGGCAUUCAGCAGGACACAGAGGGAGCAGGUAGGCAUGAUAAGGCUACUAGAGGUUAGAUUACUUAUCCAACAUUAUAUCCUAUGUGGGAUAGUGUCAUAGAUAUAAUGCUAUCUUUGUCUCUCAGGUCGCGGGGCCACAGGGUCAGUCUCCCCUCAGGAAGAGGAGGAGCUGAGAGCAUUGGCCUCCUCCCCCGACGUCUACGGCUCCCUCGCACGUUCCCAUCGCUCCUUCCAUCUACGGCAGUGAUGACCUGAAAAAGGCCAUCGCCUGCCUGCUGUUCGGCGGCUCCAGGAAGAGGUGAGUCAUAAACAUUGGAAAUUGCACGUAGAAUUUUACGAUUUUUGAUAUGCUCACAUUUCUCUCCAGUGUGUGUGUGUGUAUGGUAAUAAUGACCUUUCCUGUCUCAGGCUGCCUGACGGGCUGACCCGUAGAGGAGACAUCAACUUGCUGAUGCUGGGAGACCCCGGUACUGCCAAGUCUCAGCUGCUCAAGUUUGUGGAGAGGUGCUCUCCCAUUGGGGUAAGGAUGGGCUUAAUGUACAGUGUGUAUGUAUUCACACCCCUUGACUUUUUCCACAUUUUGUUGCGUUACAGCCUGAAUUGAAAAUGGAUAAAAGUGAGAUUUUUUUGUCACUGGCAUGCACGCAAUACCCCAUAAUGUCAAAGUGGAAUUUAGUUUUUUGACAUUUUUACAAAUUAAUAAAAAGCUGAAAUGUCUUGAGUCGGUAAGUAUUCAACCCCUCUGUUAUGGCAAGCCUACAUAAGUUCAGGAGUAAAAAUAUGCUUAACAAGUCACAUAAGUUGCCUGGACUCACUGUGUGCAAUAAUAGUGUUUAAACAUGGUUUUUGAAAGAAUACCUAAUCUCUGUACCCCACACGUACAAUUAUCUGUAAGGCUGAGCAGUGAAUUUCAACCACAAAGACCAGGGAGGUUUUCCAAUGCCUCGCAAAGAAGGGUACUUAUUGGUAGAUGGAAAAAUAUAUAUAUCCCUUUGAGCAUGGUGAAGUUUUGAAUUACACUUUGGAUGGUAUAUCAAUACACCCAGUCACUACAAAGAUGCAGGCGUUUUUCCUAACUCAGGAGAGGAAGGAAACCGCUCAGAGAUUUCAACAUGAGGCCAAUGGUGACUUUAAAACACAGUUUAAUGGCUGUGAUAGGAGAAAACUGAGGAUGGAUCAACAACAUUGUAGUUACUCCACAAUACUAACCUAAUUGACAGAGUGAAAAGGAGGAAGCCUGUACAGAAUACAAAUAUUCCAAAACAUGCAUCCUGUUUGCAACAAGGGACUAAAGUAAUACUACAAAAAAUGUGGCAAAGCAAUUAACUAUCUGUCCUGACUGAAUACAAAGUGUUAUGUUUGGGGCAAAUCCAGUACAACACAUUACUGAGUACCACUCUCCAUAUUUUCAAGCGUAGUGGGGGCUGCAUCAUGUUAUGGGUAUGCUUGUAAUCAUUAAGGACUGGGGAGUUUUUCAGGAUAAAAAAUACACAGAAUGGAGCUAAGCACAGGCAAAGUCCUAGAGGAAGACCUACCUGGUUCAGUCUGCUUUCCACCAGACACUGGGAGCUGAAUUCACCUUUCAGCAUUACAAUAACCUAAAAUACAAGGCCAAAUCUAUACUGGAGUUGCUUACCAAGAAGACAGUGAAGAUACUGGAGUGGCUGAGUUACAGUUUUGACUUAAAUCUACUUGAGAAGACCUGAAAAUGGUUGUCUAGCAAUGAUCAACAACCAAUUUGACAGAAAAUAAUAAUGGGCAAGUUGCACAAUCCAGGUGUGGAAAGCUCUUAGAGACUCACCCAGAAAGACUCACAGCUGUUCUCGCUGUCAACGGUGCUUCUAAGAAGUAUUAACUCACGGGUGUGAAUACUUAUGUAAAUUAGAUUAUAAUUAUGUAAAUUAGAUUAUGGGGUAUUGUGUGUAGAUGGGUGGGUGGGUGGGGGGGGGGAUAUAUAUAUUUAAUCCAUUUUGAAUCCAGGCUGUAACACAACAUGUGGAACAAGUCAAGGGGUAUGAAUACUUUCUGAAAGCACUAUGUGUGUGUGUGUGUGUGUGUGUGUGUAUACACUGCUCAAAAAAAUAAAGGGAACACUUAAACAACACAAUGUAACUCCAAGUCAAUCACACUUCUGUGAAAUCAAACUGUCCACGUAGGAAGCAACACUGAUUGACAAUACAUUUCACAUGCUGUUGUGCAAAUGGAAUAGACAACAGGUGGAAAUUUAUAGGCAAUUAGCAAGACACCCCAAUAAAGGACUGGUUUUGCAGGUGGUGACCACAGACCACUUCUCAGUUCCUAUGCUUCCUGGCUGAUGUUUUGGUCACUUUUGAAUGCUGGCGGUGCUUUCACUCUAGUGGUAGCAUGAGACGGAGUCUACAACCCACACAAGUGGCUCAGGUAGUGCAGCUCAUCCAGGAUGGCACAUCAAUACGAGCUGUGGCAAGAAGGUUUGCUGUGUCUGUCAGCGUAGUGUCCAGAGCAUGGAGGCACUACCAGGAGACAGGCCAGUACAUCAGGAGAUGUGGAGGAGGCCGUAGGAGGGCAACAACCCAGCAGCAGGACUGCUACCUCCGCCUUUGUGCAAGGAGGAGGAGGAGGAGCACUGCCAGAGCCCUGCAAAAUGACCUCCAGCAAGCCACAAAUGUGCAUGUGUCUGCUCAAACGGUCAGAAACAGACUCCAUGAGGGUGGUAUGAGGGCCCGACGUCCACAGGUGGGGGUUGUGCUUACAGCCCAACACCGUGCAGGACGUUUGGCAUUUGCCAGAGGAACACCAAGAUUGGCAAAUUCGCCACUGGCGCCCUGUGCUCUUCACAGAUGAAAGCAGGUUCACACUGAGCACAUGUGACAGACAUGACAGAGUCUGGAGACGCCGUGGAGAACGUUCUGCUGCCUGCAACAUCCUCCAGCAUGACCGGUUUGGCGGUGGGUCAGUCGUGGGGUGGCAUUUCUUUGGGGGGCCGCACAGCCCUCCAUGUGCUCGCCAGAGGUAGCCUGACUGCCAUUAGGUACCGAGAUGAGAUCCUCAGACCCCUUGUGAGACCAUAUGCUGGUGCGGUUGGCCCUGGGUUCCUCCUAAUGCAAGACAAUACUAGACCUCAUGUGGCUGGAGUGUGUCAGCAGUUCCUGUAAGAGGAAGGCAUUGUUGCUAUGGACCGCCCAUUCCCCAGACCUGAAUCCAAUUGAGCACAUCUGGGACAUCAUGUCUCGCUCCAUCCACCAACGCCACGUUGCACCACAGACUGUCCAGGAGUUGGAGGAGAUCCCUCAGGAGACCAUCCGCCACCUCAUCAGGAGCAUGCCCAGGCGUUGUAGGGAGGUCAGACAGGCACGUGGAGGCCACACACACUACUGAGCCUCAUUUUGACUUGUUUUAAGGACAUUACAUCAAAGUUGGAUCAGCCUGUAGUGUGGUUUUCCACUUUAAUUUUGAGGGUGACUCCAAAUCCAGACCUCCAUGGGUUGAUACAUUUGAUUUCCAUAUUUUGUGUGAUUUUGUUGUCAGCACAUUCAACUAUGUAAAGAAAAAAGUAUUGAAUAAGAUUAUUUAAUUCAUUCAGAUCUAGGAUGUUGUUUAAGUGUUCCCUUUAUUUUUUUGAGCAGUGUAUAUUUCAGCACUCUUAUGACACUCCCUCAACAUAGUUUUGAAUAUGAAUUACAAAGAUGGAUUCCAGAAGUUUAAUUUGACAAUUAAUUUAUCAGUGUGCUAGUGACCCCUAUCUAAAGCGCUAACCCAUACAUCCCCUCUCUCUCUUCCUCUGUCAGGUGUAUACCUCAGGUAAAGGCAGCAGUGCUGCUGGUCUGACGGCCUCUGUCCUGAGGGACCCCGUCACCCGUGGCUUCAUCAUGGAGGGAGGAGCCAUGGUGCUGGCUGAUGGUGGGGUGGUCUGCAUCGAUGAGUUUGACAAAGUAUGGGAACAUGGACAAGAGAAGUACAUACAUUGCUGAAUACUUGACAAGUUUGUUUGCAGACUCUUAACUGUGUCUCUCUUUCCUCUCAGAUGAGAGAGGAUGACAGAGUAGCCAUCCAUGAAGCCAUGGAGCAACAGACCAUCUCCAUUGCCAAGGCUGGCAUCACCACCACCCUGAACUCCCGCUGCUCGGUGCUGGCCGCUGCUAACUCUGUGUUUGGCCGUUGGGACGACACCAAGGGAGAGGACAACAUCGACUUCAUGCCCACCAUCUUGUCCCGUUUCGACAUGAUCUUUAUCAUCAAGGACAUCCACGACCAUCAGAGAGACAUGGUGAGGGAACACACUUUAGUCUUCUGGGUUUGUGUGUGUGGGAGAAGGUUUAUGCACAGGGAUACUGAACACGGCCCAGGCUAGCACAGUGUUAACACAAUCCACACUAUUGACCUUCUUUUCUCUCUCAGACUCUGGCCCGCCACGUGAUGAACGUCCAUCUCAGUGCUCAUACACAGACUGAGGGUGUGGAGGGAGAGAUCACACUGGCCACACUGAAGAAGUACAUUGCCUAUGCCAGAACGUGAGUCUUGAAAAAUUCUGCAGAUAAUAUAUCCUGUGUAUGAUAUAUUCUGUUUAGAUUGAAUUCAUGAACUCUACUCACAGAGAAACAAUCCUACACACUAGCAUAUACACAUGAAGGGAUUUGGUGUUUUAACGGUCAAAUGUGCCCUGACAGGAAAUGCGGCCCACGUCUCUCUGCGUCGGCAGCUGAAAAGCUGAAGAACAGAUACGUGGUGAUGAGGAGUGGAGCGAGGGAACAUGAGCGGGAGAGCGACAGGAGAGCCUCCAUCCCCAUCACUGUCAGGUACCUAUAUGAUGCUUCACCUGACAACAUCAUUACCAAUCAGGAUACAGUCUAUCUUCAGUGUCAUUACGCUUGAUUCUCUGGUCCCCUGUAGGCAGCUGGAGGCGGUGGUGCGCAUCUCUGAGUCCCUGGCCAAGAUGAAGCUGCAGGCCGUGGCUGGAGAGGAGGAGGUGGACGAGGCCCUGCGGCUCUUCCAGGUGUCCACACUGGACGCUGCGCUGUCCGGCAGUCUCUCGGGUGUGGAGGGCUUCACCACUCAGGAGGACCAGGAGAUGAUCUCUCGUGUUGAGAAGCAGCUGAAGAGACGCUUUGCCAUUGGCUCCCAGGUGUCCGAGCACAGCAUUGUCCAGGACUUCACCAAGCAGGUCAGUUACACUAGUCUACUUUGAACAUAUACUGUGUUGAACAGAGACUGGACCACUUGGUCAAUCACAUAAAAGUACCUUGUGCAAUGGAAUGUUGGGCAUUUGUCUAUAUGAUUGAGUGCUGUCCUCAGUUGGCCUACGUGUUACCCUGUAGCCUGUUUACCUGUCCGCUGACCAGAAUCUCUCUACCCUCUCCCAUAUACAGAAGUAUCCAGAGCAGGCCAUCUACAAGGUCCUUCACCUGAUGAUGAGGAGGGGAGAGCUGCAGCACCGCAUGCAGAGGAAGGUUCUCUACAGAAUCAAGUAG